AUGCCGAGCGUACAUACGGUCCCCAACGACUUCCUCGAGCAGGACGUUCAGACGGACACCCAGGCCGACCGCAUCGAGCGUGAGGAGGAGGAACACAAGGCUCGCGCCGAGGCUGACCUGGCCAAGAAGAAGGCCGCCGGCAAGGCCCGCAAGGCCGACUCGUGGCUGAAGCGCCAAUUCUCCUCCCUCAGCGACGGCAGCGCCUCGGCCCUUGUCGUCUCCAACCUCGUUGGCGUCGUCGGCCUCAGCGCCUUCCUCGGCUACAAGGCCUGGGGUCUGUACGAGCGUGGCCGCCUGUCGUGGCAGAGCGUCAGCCUCGGACUCGGCAUCUUGGGCGUUGUCGGUCUCGGUGAGGGCAUCUUUGGAAGCUAUCUCUACAAGACCAAGGGCAAGAAAUAA